UCAGCAGUUUAUUUUGCGUGCCUGUCCGUUUGUCAUGUUUUAUAUACUUAUAUUUUUAUACCACUUGCCAUGCGCAGACACGCUCAACCAGGAAGUGGUUAAUGCUGCUAUCGAUUUAAAGACGAAUACCUAUGAUAUCUGAUAAACUUUGAUAUUUUACCUUCUGUGUCUUGCACCUUUAAUAUAAAUCUGUACCCAUUAGUCCAACGAAUGAGAUUAAGCGUUUGUUCAUUGAGCAAGGAAGGCAGAAAAUGACCUUGACCAACAUAGUCCAUAUUUCAUUAACCAAAGCAGCCAAAUCUGUCAACAAGACAUGAACUUGAAUGUCUGCAUUUAUUGCUUAUGCAUUGACAACUAUAAACAGCUGUACUGAAGUACAGUCCGGCUUCAUUGGGUGUUAAAUCUAUGGCGAUCAUCUUCCGGAGUUCUCAUGAAGGCCAGGAUUGUACUGGUGCUGACUGCUUUGUGUAUAAAGACAGUCGCUGGUUACCCCAGUGGAAAAGUGACGGAGUCUUGCGAGGACAUGACACCAAACCACGGUCAUGAUCCCAGCACCUUAGAUCCUCCAUACACCAUCACAGCAGACAAACUCCAAUUCAGCACAGGAGAUGAAAUCAAAGUGACAUUACGCGCAGACUCUUCAGGGUCCAAAGCAUACUUCAAAGGAUUUCUCCUAGAAGCGAGGAAUGCAGGGAAUCUCAACGAAGCAGUGGGAUCGUUUCAAUUAGUUGAUCCCACCAUAUCUCAGCUUCUUCAGUGCAACGAUAAGGAUGGUUCUGCUGUGAGUCACACCGAUAAACAUCAUAAGACCGAAGUGCAGGUGGUCUGGAUUGCCCCAGAAGACCCUCCCUCCAGUGUGCGGUUUCUGGUAACUGUCCUUCGAAGGUACAGUGAGUUUUGGGUGAAGAUUCCAGGUCCGGUGGUGACUCGGUAUGGUGUAGAUCCACCCCCAGCGGAAACUACCAUCGGAGGUUCCAGUGAUGCCAAAACUACCACAGCUUCCUCCAUGCUGUCCCGUUCGUUCACAUCUGAGGGAUGUGGAAGCAGCAAGUCGUGUCUGAGAGAUCCAGAUGGCUGUAACCCACAAAAUGACACAUCAUGUCACUUCCUGUCCUUCAGGAAAGAGGAAACUAGCAUCAUGUUUGAGCUCAGUGGACCCGCAGAGGGAUACGUGUCUUUCGCCUUAUCUCUGGACAAAUGGAUGGGGAACGAUGAUGUGUAUCUGUGUAUGAGAGCCACAAACCGGGUUGACAUCAAGGCUGCGUUUGUUUCUGGACGAACACAUCCAGAAAUCUCUUCGGAGAACGCUCUAAAAGAUAAAGCGUGGAGACUGUCAGAUGGAAUGAUUCAGUGUAGCUUCCGGAGAGACAUAAUCCCAUCUGACAAUCAAAAACGGUUCCCGCUUGACCAACCCUACUACCUUUUCAUGGCACACGGUCGAGCUGAAGAUGGCCAAACCCAUCGUCAUGACCGACAACCCUUAAUUUCAUCCAAUCAGAAGGAGCUCACAGGAGACCCAGAGGAUCUGACUGGUUCUCGUUCGCCUCUACUCCUCAAAUACCACGGUGCCUUCAUGUUGAUCGCUUGGAUUUCAACGGUCAGCGCUGGCGUCAUCAUUGCACGUUAUUUCAAACCCGAUUGGCCCGAAAGUAAUAUUUUGGGGCAGAAAGUCUGGUUUCAGUUACACAGAGGACUGAUGACCCUUACUGUUCUGCUCACCCUUGUUGGUUUUGUUUUGCCUUUUAUGUACAGAGGAGGAUGGAGCAAGCGGGCAGGUUUACAUCCCUAUCUUGGCUGUGUUGUCAUGGCGCUCGCUGUUAUCCAACCCGUUAUGGCACUUUUCAGACCCGCGCCAGACGCCUCCAGGAGAUACAUCUUCAACUGGAUGCAUUUUGGAACGGGCACAUUAGCACAAAUCGUGUCUGUUAUCACCGUCUUUCUUGGCAUCCAUCAGCAAGCUCUGCUUCUACCCGCUCCCUGGUCCACAGGACUCCUGGGGUUCAGUGUAGUCUGGUUUGUGCUGGCAGAUUUAGUUCUGGAGGUCCACAGAAGAGGCUUUUUACCGAUAGGGAAAUAUUUCAAAAAUGUUAAAAUCUACACAGAACACAUAAAUUCUGAGGACAAGGAGAUAAUAAUGUUUGUUCCUGAUGAGAACGAGAGUUUACGUGCGGAGUCUUGUUUUAAAAACAUUAUUCUGGCUGUGUAUCUCUGUGGAAAUCUGGGAUUUCUGAUGGUUUUGCUUUGGACCAUCAUUUCAGUAUGACACUGUCAGCGGUAGUUUAAUCUCUGAAACCUCUGAAAUUUUGACCUAUUGUACCAAUUAAAUUAAGUUAAGCCUUAAUGAUGUCGUACGAUUUGAGGUAGCCAAUCAAAGUCCUCUAUUUGAAAUUAAGUUUCAUGAUUCAUGUAGAAAUACAAAAAGAAAACGUUAUUUCGUAAUUUUCUAUUGAUUAUGAUUAGUUUUUGUAUGUUUAGCAGAUGACUUUAUAUUAUGUAUAUUGUAAAGAAAUGUUUUUGAUAACAGCUGAUCGGCUUUUUAACAUUUAUAAAAUCACACGUAGUCUUUUUUUAUUUGACAGCAGUGAUGUUUAGUGAUUGUUGAGUUGUGAUCUGUGUAGCUGGUGACACUACAUGCCUUUUUCCAAAGUUUUGCAUCAUAUCCUUGAUGUCUGGAUGAAUGUGUGUGUCUGGUGUUUUUGUAUUUAACCACAGUGACAUCAGAUAAACAUACACAACCACAGAGAAAUGUGUCAGUAUUUAGUUCAGAUGAAGUGGACCAGCUUUUUGCGCUGUAAUAAGAAUUUUAAAUAAUAAAUUGUAAUAAAAUGAAAAUAGUAGUUGUGCUGUGGACUAAUUUAAAUGCAUAUCUUAUAAUAUCUUGCCAUUACCUGCAAUAUGGAGACAAUCUGGUGAAGUGUCUUUCGUGUAAAUGUUUUCAUAUAAACAGACGUUAACCUUUAAAUUGACAUUUUAUUUCUGCAUUAUAUUUUGAACACUGAAUGGUAUAGGCAAAGCAAAUAUUUCUCUUGAGACAGACUCACAUGGAUUCCAACAUUAGCAAGCAAUAGUCAUGUUUUAUAAGCAUGGCGGUAUGACGAUAAUAUACACUUUAUAUGAAGGGGAGAAACAAAUGACAGAGUAAUAGAUUCUUGGUAAUAUGUUAUUAAAUAGUAGACGGUACACCAUCAUCAUUCUUAAGCUUUUCAUACUCCGUCUAAAUGAAAUGUUAUGUUAAAUGUUAAAUUUUCAUUUCAAUCAUUCCUAUGACAAUCAUAGCCAACUGUGUGAUAAAAGAAAAAAGAAAUUACCCAGUGCGGUUUCAUUACAAAAUAUUCCAAAUUGAUUCUGUGCUAUUCAACAAAAUAGAUUCAUCGCGUGUACAUUUUUCUUAAACACCCUGUAAUA